UUUCACAACUCAUCGAUUCCAGACGUAUCGGUUGUACACAGGCAACAAAAGUUGAGUGCAGAGCCAAGAUGUAUCCAACCUUACCCCUUUCUCAGUUGGGCCAAGAUGUGAUUUGCAGUCCAUCUGUAGGACUUGUUUGCUUAAACAAAAACCAGGGAAAUAAGCAAGAGUGUUUUGAUUAUGAAAUUCGAGUACAAUGUUGUGGAGCAUGUCCGCCAACUACUACAACGACGACAACUCCGACACCAGCAACAUCCACAACUACACCUACGACCACAACAACAACAUCCACAACUACACCUACGACCACCGGAACACCUAAAACACCCAGUACCACGGUCACUUUACCAACAUCAUCAUCAACUGCACCAACUCCCAAGCCAUGCACUUGUGAGUGGUCUGACUGGAUUGAUCUUGGAGCCCCAACACCUGGCCCUGAUGGAGGAGACACUGAAUCAAUUUCACAACUCAUCGAUUCCAGACGUAUCGGUUGUACACAGGCAACAAAAGUUGAGUGCCGAGCCAAGAUGUAUCCAACCUUACCCCUUUCUCAGUUGGGCCAAGAUGUGAUUUGCAGUCCAUCUGUAGGACUUGUUUGCUUAAACAAAAACCAAGGGCUCCAAAAGAUUUGCUUUGAUUAUGAAAUUCGAGUACAAUGUUGUGGAGCAUGUCCGCCAACUACUACGACGACGACAACUCCAACACCAGCAACAUCCACAACUACACCUACGACCACACCAACAACGUCCACAACUACAUCUACAACCACCGGAACACCUUCAACAUCCAGUAGCACUGCUUUACCAACAUCAUCAUCAACUGUACCAACUCCCAAGCCAUGCACUUGUGAGUGGUCUGACUGGUUUGAUCUUGGAGCCCCAACACCUGGCCCUGAUGGAGGAGACACUGAAUCAAUUUCACAACUCAUCGAUUCCAGACGUAUCGGUUGUACACAGGCAACAAAAGUUGAGUGCCGAGCCAAGAUGUAUCCAACCUUACCCCUUUCUCAGUUGGGCCAAGAUGUGAUUUGCAGUCCAUCUGUAGGACUUGUUUGCUUAAACAAAAACCAGGGAAAUAAGCAAGAGUGUUUUGAUUAUGAAAUUCGAGUACAAUGUUGUGGAGCAUGUCCGCCAACUACUACGACGACAACAACUACGACACCAACACCAACCACAACUACACCUACGACCACAACAACAACAUCCACAACUACACCUACCACCACAACAUUGUCCACCACCUCCAUAACCCACAGUACUGUCACUGCCCACCCUGCUUCAAUUACAACGGUUUCAUCAACCACAUUUACAGUGCGUACCUUGCCUACCACCUCAACUUUCAAACCAUCUAGUCCAUCCCACCACCACGUUUUUUCUACCACCACAAAAAAACCAUCUCCACCUUGUAAUGGUUGCGAAGAUGUAAAUGGAAAGCUUCACCCUGCAGGCAAGUGUCUCUGA